GGUGACAUGGAGAACAUGCUUGAGCAGAGGCCUGGGCAGGAGAACGGACAACAGGCAUGCCGUGGUGGCGGAGCGAGUCCAGCCCCUUGAGGGGCCUGAGGAAAGUAAGGGAAGACCAUUUCCUGAGCAGAAAGCCUACGUGUAUUAAAAGGUUCGUGUUUGGAGCACAAUAAAUGAAAGGAGGCUCUUAACCAUACACCUUCUGAAAAUAUUUUUGGAUUUCAAGAUUAAAAAAAUAAUUUUAGCUGAAUCCAGACAGAAUAAAGUAACAAUAACGACAAUAGCGCUGUCAUCACUGGGCCCCUAGAGGCUCCCUGGCGAGGAACCACUGCUCAGCUGGCAGUGUUUUCUGCAAUGUGGAGGGUGGGGCAGUGUCUGCAGAUUUUCAACAAGAAAUUCCUAUGAGCUAAGACUUUUAUACCCAGCCAAGGUGUGACUUGUGUGAAGGCUCCAGAGCCACCUGAGGUUUGCAAGGGUUUGUAAAACAUACCAUCUGCAUUGUUUUUAAGAAAAUGGUGUUUGUUCUGACCAAGAGAUGAAUAAAAAUUCUGAACCGGAGAAAUACGUCACUGUUUUGUAGGGAAAUAAUCAGACACAGAAUCAUAAUAAUAAAGAUACUAACCACAGUUACAGACCCGUGUACUUGGAGACCACCUAAGCAGCAGCUUUGGGAGGACCCCUUCCAUGGUCCUGCCCUGAGCCAGCCGACACCUGCCGCAGACUCCCGACGCUGACGUGGCCGCGGCCCUCCCGCUGCUGCCGUGGGUGUGUGGGCGGGACUCUGCCGCUCCGUGCCGCGUUGUGUCCGUGGACGUUUGGAGCCACUGAGUCGAGGAGAGGAGCAGACGCUGCCAGCGAUGAGCUCCCAAAGCCACCCAGAUGCACUUUCUGGCCGAGACCAGCCCGUGGAGCUGCUAAACCCUGCGCGUGUGAACCACGUGCCCAGCACUGUGGACGUGGCCUCUGCGCUGCCUUUGCAGGUGGCUCCCUCAGCAGUGCCCAUGGACCUGCGCCUGGACCACCAGUUUCCGCUGCCCGUGGCAGAGCCUGCCCUCCGGGAGCAGCAGCUGCAGCAGGAGCUGCUGGCCCUCAAGCAGAAGCAGCAGCUGCAGAGGCAGAUCCUCAUCGCCGAGUUUCAGAGGCAGCACGAGCAACUCUCGCGGCAGCAUGAGGCCCAGCUGCACGAGCACAUCAAGCACCAGCAGGAGCUGCUGGCCAUGAAGCACCAGCAGGAGCUGCUUGAGCACCAGCGGAAGCUGGAGAGGCACCGCCAGGAGCAGGAGCUGGAGAAGCAGCACCGGGAACAGAAGCUGCAGCAACUCAAAAACAAGGAGAAAGGAAAAGAGAGUGCCGUGGCCAGCACGGAAGUGAAGAUGAAGUUGCAGGAGUUUGUCCUCAAUAAGAAGAAGGCGCUGGCCCACCGGAGCCUGAACCACUGCAUCUCCAGUGACCCUCGCUACUGGUACGGGAAAACGCAGCACAGCUCCCUGGACCAGAGCUCCCCGCCCCAGAGUGGCGUGUCCGCCUCCUAUAACCACCCAGUCCUGGGCAUGUACGACGCCAAAGAUGACUUCCCUCUCAGAAAAACAGCUUCGGAACCCAAUCUGAAGUUACGGUCCCGGCUAAAGCAGAAAGUGGCCGAGAGACGGAGCAGCCCCCUGCUGCGCAGGAAAGACGGGCCCGUGGUCACUGCUCUAAAAAAGCGUCCCUUGGAUGUCACAGACUCUGCGUGCAGCAGCGCCCCCGGCUCCGCACCCAGCUCGCCCAACAACAGCUCCGGGAGCGUCGGUACAGAGAAUGGGAUCCCACCCGCCGUCCCCAGCGUCUCAGCCGAGACCAGCUUGGCGCACAGACUGGUGACUCGAGAAGGCUCCGUGGCGCCACUCCCUCUCUACACAUCACCAUCCUUGCCCAACAUCACACUGGGACUUCCUGCCACUGGCCCUUCCUCAGGGGCGGCAGGCCAGCAAGAAGCCGAGAGACUGGCUCUCCCAGCUCUGCAGCAGCGGCUCUCCCUCUUUCCCGGCACCCACCUCACGCCCUACCUGAGCUCGGCGCCCCUGGAGCGGGACGGCGGGGCGGCUCACAACCCUCUCCUGCAGCACAUGGUCUUACUGGAGCAGCCGCCCGCACAGACGCCCCUCGUCACAGGCCUGGGCGCACUGCCCCUGCACGCACAGUCUCUGGUCGGCGGGGACCGGGUGUCCCCCUCUGUCCACAAGCUGCGGCAGCACCGCCCGCUGGGGCGCACGCAGUCGGCCCCGCUGCCCCAGAACGCCCAGGCCUUGCAGCACCUGGUCAUCCAGCAGCAGCACCAGCAGUUCCUGGAGAAACACAAGCAGCAGUUCCAGCAGCAGCAGCUGCACCUGAACAAGAUUAUCCCCAAACCCAGCGAGCCAGCCCGGCAGCCCGAGAGCCACCCCGAGGAGACGGAGGAGGAGCUCCGCGAGCACCAGGCCCUCCUGGAGGAUCCCUACCUGGACCGGCUCUCUGGGCAGAAGGAGGCGCGUGAGCUGGCGGGAGUGCAGGUGAAGCAGGAGCCUGUGGACAGUGACGAGGAGGCGGAGCCACCGAGGGAGGUGGAACCCGGCCAGCGCCAGCCCACGGAGCAGGAGCUGCUCUUCAGACAGCAAGCGCUCCUGCUGGAGCAACAGCGGAUCCACCAGCUAAGGAACUACCAGGCCUCCAUGGAGGCCGCUGGCAUCCCCGUGUCCUUCGGCAGCCACCGGCCUCUGUCCCGGGCACAGUCCUCCCCUGCGUCCGCCACCUUCCCUAUGUCUGUGCAGGAGCCCCCCAGCAAACCAAGGUUCACCACAGGCCUCGUGUAUGACACGCUGAUGCUGAAGCACCAGUGUGCCUGCGGGAACAGCAACAGCCACCCUGAGCAUGCCGGCAGGAUCCAGAGCAUCUGGUCCCGGCUGCAGGAGACCGGCCUCCGGGGCAAAUGCGAGUGUAUCCGCGGACGGAAGGCCACCCUGGAGGAGCUACAGACCGUGCAUUCGGAGGCGCACACCCUGCUCUAUGGCACAAACCCCCUCAACAGGCAGAAACUGGACAGUAAGAAACGCCUAGGCUCGCUGACGUCCAUGUUUGUCAGGCUGCCCUGUGGCGGUGUUGGGGUGGACAGCGACACCAUAUGGAACGAGGUGCACUCGUCUGGGGCUGCCCGCCUGGCUGUGGGCUGCGUGGUGGAGCUGGUCUUCAAGGUCGCCACCGGGGAGCUGAAGAACGGUUUUGCUGUGGUCCGACCUCCAGGACAUCACGCGGAGGAGAGCACGCCCAUGGGCUUCUGCUACUUCAAUUCUGUGGCCGUGGCAGCCAAGCUUCUCCAGCAAAGACUGCAUGUGAGCAAGACACUCAUCGUGGACUGGGAUGUGCACCACGGAAACGGGACCCAGCAGGCCUUCUACAGCGACCCCAGCGUCCUCUACGUCUCGUUGCACCGCUACGAUGACGGCAACUUCUUCCCUGGCAGCGGGGCACCUGACGAGGUGGGCACAGGGCCGGGCGUGGGCUUCAACGUCAACAUGGCUUUUACUGGUGGCCUCGACCCCCCCAUGGGAGAUGCAGAGUACUUGGCAGCCUUCAGAAUGGUGGUCAUGCCAAUCGCGAAUGAGUUUGCCCCGGACAUGGUGCUGGUGUCAGCCGGCUUCGACGCCGUGGAGGGCCACCCCACACCUCUGGGCGGCUACAACCUCUCUGCCAAAUGUUUCGGGUACCUGACGAAGCAGCUGAUGGGCUUGGCUGGUGGCCGGAUCGUCCUGGCCCUGGAGGGGGGCCACGACCUCACAGCCAUUUGUGACGCCUCAGAAGCAUGUGUUUCUGCUUUGCUGGGAAAUGAGCCCGAUCCUCUCCCAGAAAAGGUUUUACAGCAGCGGCCCAAUGCCAAUGCCGUCCGGUCCAUGGAGAAGGUCAUUGAGAUCCACAGCCAGUACUGGCGCUCCCUGCAGCGCCUGCCGUGCACCGUGGCCUACUCCCUGGUCGAGGCCCAGAAGCGCGAGAAUGAGGAAGCCGAGACUGUCACCGCCAUGGCCUCGCUGUCCGUGGGCGUGAAUCCCGCCGAGAAGAGGCCCGAGGAGGAGCCCAUGGAAGAGGAGCCACCCCUGUAGCCUCGCCCGUGGCUGCGACUCGUGUUUGUCUGUCUGUCUUGAAGCUCUGCCAAGAAAAGUUGCUGUUUCUCUGCAUCCUGCCAGGCGUUCUCGCAGAGUCCGCAGGCACCGGGGGCCCAGACCCCGGGUCUCACCGGGCAGGGCAGCCUUACCUGACCCGAGACAGACGCCGGGAUGAGCAGAUGCCGACACGCAGGGCACCGGGCCGCCCACGGCCCCGAGAGGGGCGCCGCCAGGGGAGGAAGCCCGCGCAGCUCGCGGCAGAGCCGCCUGACCUCGUUGAUGCGAGGGAAAGAAAAUGAAAAUCAAAGACUAACAACAGACACGCGAUCAGACCGGUGCUCAAAGUCUGAGGGUGGGUUACCCACAGCUCGUCUCCACGCAAACCACUCACCUCGCAGCUUGCUUUUAAGAGGACGUUUUCCACGGCUCUGGCCUGCCUCUGACCGAGGGGAGUCCGUGGGGUUGCAGCCGGGUGAGGGACAGAGUGGACAGAAGCGGGCGUGAGCCUGCAGGAGCCGGCGUUGCUGCCUCGAAGCCAUCGGAAGAUGCGAGUUUGUGCCUUUUUUUUACUGCACUGGAGGGUUUUUGUGGCUGGGUUUUCUGAAGUCUGAGGAACAUUGCCUUAAGAAAAAACAAACAGCAGGAAGGGACAGGACAGUGUCCUGGGCUGGUGGGCCGGCAGUGCCCGCGGGGCUGGGGCCCGUGCCACCGCGGCUCCGGACCUGCCGCCCGCGUUGGCUUUAUUGCUGUGUAAGGAGCGUGGACGUAGUUCCCAGAAAGUGGCAGAUACUGUUGGGGUUUUGAAGUCCAACAAAUUUUAAAUGAAUCCAAAGUGUUCUUUUCUCGUACGUCACACACCUUUGAGCAUCUCCAUCGGUUGAAGCAUGACCUCGGCCACCUCAGUGUUACGGUUGGAAUGCUUUUCAUUAAAAGCAAGUAGCAUGAAGUAUUGCUUAAAUUUUAGGUAUAAAUAAAUAUAUAUAUGUAUAAUAUAUAUUCCAAUGUAUCCCGAGCUAAGAAACUUGAUUCUUACGAAAUCUUGAUAAAAUAUUUAUAAUGCAUUUAUAGAAGAAAUAUAUAUAUAUAUAUAUA